UAUCCACUCAACAGUCCCUCUCUCUCUCCUCUCUCUUUCUCUCUGAAAAAAAAACUCAAAAAGCUGUGUCCUGUAACGUUCAAAACCUCAUAGAUUCCUCGGAAAAGUCUCCACCACCACCUCCGCCAUCGUCACCAACACCGCCCCGCCGCCGCCGCCGACGCCAGUUGGGAUCUAAAGGGGUGAGGGGUGGGGGAAGCUUUAUGAGUGAGCAUGCUGUGAUGAGAAGAAGAUGGGCGGAGUGACGUCGUCGAUCGCCGCGAAAUUCGCCUUCUUUCCGCCUACCCCGGCGUCCUACGUAGUAGUGGCCGACGAAUCAUGCGGUGGCAGAUUGUACAUACCGGAGGUGCCCAGGAGGGAUGACGUGGACGUGUUGAAGCUCAGGACCAGAAGGGGGAACGAAAUCGUGGCCGUACACGUCAAGCAUCCCAAGGCGACCGCCACUCUCCUCUAUUCUCACGGUAAUGCCGCCGAUUUGGGUCAGAUGUUUGAGCUCUUUGUGGAAUUGAGCCUUCGUCUUCGAAUCAAUCUCAUGGGGUAUGACUAUUCUGGCUAUGGACAAUCAGCUGGAAAGCCAUCAGAAUGUAAUACAUAUGCAGACAUUGAUGCAGUAUAUAAAUGCCUUAAGGAGCAGUACGGGGUUAAAGAUGAGCAAUUAAUAUUAUAUGGUCAGUCUGUUGGUAGUGGUCCUACAAUUGAUCUUGCUUCACGUGUAUCAAACUUGAGAGGUGUGGUCUUACAUAGCCCAAUUUUGUCUGGGUUGAGGGUAUUGUACCCUGUCAAACGGACAUACUGGUUUGAUAUUUACAAGAAUAUUGACAAAAUUGGUAUGGUGAGAUGUCCUGUUCUUGUAAUUCAUGGGACGGCUGAUGAAGUUGUUGAUUGUUCCCAUGGGAAGCAGCUUUGGGAGCUUUGCCAGGAAAAGUAUGAACCAUUAUGGUUAAGUGGAGGUGGACAUUGCAAUCUUGAGCUUUAUCCAGAAUUCAUUAAACAUCUGAAAAAAUUUGUGCUGACUAUUGGCAAAUCGAAGGCGGCCACAAAUGGUUCUAAAAAAACAGCAGUAGACUCUGACAGUCAGAGCAAGACAUCUGAAAGUGGAACUUCAGAUGCGUUUGAAUUGAGCACUGACCUUCCGGAAGCAUCUAGAAACAGUUUAGAUAGUCGACUUGAGAAGUCAAAGAAGACGAACAAGCCUGAAAAAUCUCGGAUGAGCACUGACCAUGUUGACAGGUUUAGGAGAAGAAAAGGCUUAGUCUGGUGACUCCUACACGAAGAGUGUUCUAAAUAAGUUUUUGUGCUAAUAACCACUUGAGAAGGUAUUUAUUCUUUGCUUGUGCUCCUGUAUGAUGCAUCAACUCUAAACAACAAGUGUUGUCAAAUUGAGUGUGACUCUUCAUAUGAAAUGUUCCAAGUCAUGUGUAUUGCUCAGAGGAUAAAUUGAUAAUGGGAAGGAGCUUGCAUCUGUAUUUCUUCUGUAAAAUUAAUAGUUUUGAACAUGGAAUAUCUUGCAGUUCCAUUGAUCAUGUUACUUCAAAUUUGUUGGUUCAAUCCUUCAAUGUUUCUUGCAUUCUGUGAUGGAAAACAUCAGACAAAUCCAUGAGAUCUUUACAUCAAUGGCCUCUCUAUUGGUUGUGAAGCCCUUCUCCGGUUCUGUAAAAUCCUAUUUUUUCUUUAAUUUUAGUUAGUGAAGUAGGUAUAAUCAUUUUUAAUCA